UGCAAUUGCCACGUAGUAGAGAUCUCUAACUUGUUUCUUCUCUCUCUGGACGCUGACUUUCAUGUCUCUCUGCGUUGCCUCGAGAUCUCUCUCUCCCUCCUUCUCUCUCUACCGUCUGUUCGUGAAGAGAACUUCUCAACCCGCAAUGGAAAAGCACCCACAGGAUGAUGCAGAUGCCAUGAAGAAUGAAGCCCGAGAAGGGCUUUCCAAAGAAUCUCACGAUUUGAAGCCAUCCAAGACCAUCUCGGAUCGGUUGAUCACUCACUUGCUCAACCUAUAUGGAUCCCGUGCUAUGGCUAGUGAUUUUGAAAUCUAUGCUCCAGAUGCAACCUUUGAAGACCAACUAAUGUGUGCUCGUGGGAUAAAGCAGAUCAAGUCAGCAUUCUAUUCGCUUUCGAAGGUUUUUAGUGAAUCAGCAAUCGUGGAAUACAGCAUCAAAGAGAAUGCAAUUUCGCCAAGCAAACAAGAGAUACUUAUUGACAACAAGCAGCAUUACAAGUUUCUAGGGAGAGGCAUUGAUAUUGUAUCAUUAAUCACGCUAUACGUUGAAAAUGGGAAAGUCAUUCGUCAUGAAGAUUGGUGGGACAAGAAGCCUCUAUGGAACAGACAGACAGUUCGGUUCCCAUUAUUUGGUCGAGUAAUGGAAGUGACUCGCAGGGGAACAAUGCUGGCAACUCAUGCAAUGAUGGGAUUUGGAAAAGAUCCAUAAAAUAGAGAGUGAUAUACUGAUCUGCUAUUUCUCAAUCUGUUCUUCAUGUGUGCUAGAGUUCCUCACGUCCGCCUUUGUAAUAAAUUGAACAGAUGUUCUUGGGGCUGUUUGUUGUUAAGUUUGAAGAAGUAAGAUCACUUCUUCACCACAAUUUGGGAGGGAUUAUGUGAUUCUAUUAUAUCAAAGCUUUACAUUUUUCCUUUUUUUGGGUGUAAAGAGUAAUAGCUGAGUAGUCAUCAGACUUUCAGGAAGGGUUGAUUUAUGAGUAUUGUUUGAUGCUUCCCAACUUGUUAAGAA